AUGUUUGGGUUGUUUCACCGAAAAGAACACAUAAAAGAUCCACACAAACAACAAGUUGAUGCACUCAGGAAGCAGCUUGAUGUGAAGAAAUAUAGUCUUCCAUCCCACACGGAACUCCGUGUCGAUAUCAAAAAGGGUCGUAUAGAGAAACUCAUACGCACCAAACAGAUAGCACCGAUAUACCCCACCGAAGACCCGUAUUGUGAAGACGAUAAAGUGUGUAUGAUCUGUUUUGAGACGGUUCGGCAAGGCAUGAAUUGUUUAAAUUGUUGUAGUGGGAAGCGGUACAUCUGCUCGAAUUGUUUAGUGACGCACCCCAAAUUUAAUGCGAAUGAAGUCACUUUAUUUUGUGAUGUUUGUCAGAAACACACGACACUGAGUAUUUCUGUCGUCGAUAUAGAAAAAGAGGCAGACAAAAUGUUACAUCGUCCAACAACAAAUAAUGACAUCGCCGCUCUUGUGAAGAGUUCGAAUGAAAAUUACCAAGAGAAGAAAAAGAAGAAACUUAUUGGUGUGAACAAAGAUGUGAUUGAAAAAUUCAAAUUAUUUGGCAUUGAACUCAGAGAUGAUAUUCCUCCUGAAAAAUAUAACGCAAUCGAUUUGAACUUAAUCACCGAUCAAGAAAUGGCCACUACUCUUCUUAUGAGUAUUGAAUAG